ACGUCAAAGUUCAGUUUUGUAUUCAAUUCUCUACUCUUAGCACCACAAAAACACACAGAAGCACACAGCGAAGUGAAGCCUUCAGGAUGCAAGCGAUAGUUACGGUGGUCUCAGUGGCUUGCCUGCUGGUCAGUCCAACACUGGCUGGCAUCAAAGACCUUGCUUGGCACUUUGAGGAUCCUAACCCAGACCCGAGGGGUAUUCAAGCUCAGGGUGCUGGGGAUAUGGAAGCUAUCCCCUUGGAGUUCCACAAAGAAAACACUAUUACCAACGAUCUGGUUUUCGAUGGCUUUGAGGACGAAGAUUACAUAGAUUUUGAUAAAAUUCUAUCAGCGGGCAGUGACGACUACAUUGAGGGGGAUGAAAUUGAUGAAAUUGCCACUCCUGCACCUGACAUCGACAUAUUCGCUGAACCCUCCGACCCAAAGAUACGCCGUGCCAGACUCCUGCGGCUCUUCCACGGUCGUUCCCGCCUCCAACGCCUCAACAUAAUCAACGCCCGCUUCGGCUUUAACCUGUAUCGAAGUCUGCGUAAUGAUGUCAACCAGACUGACAACAUCCUGCUUGCGCCAGCUGGGAUCUCCAUCGCAAUGGGGAUGAUGUCUUUGGGAGGUGCAAGUGGAACCCACGAUCAACUCUAUAAGGUUCUGGGAUUUGCUGAUUUUGUCAAUGCCAGCAGGCACUAUGACAAUACAACAGUGCAUAAGCUCUUCAGGAAAUUGACCCACAGGUUAUUCCGAAGAAACUUUGGCUACACGCUGCGCUCCGUGAACGAUGUGUACGUAAAGAAGGACAUCUCAGUGAAAGAUGCUUUCCGUACAGAGACAAAGGCAUAUUAUUUUGCAGAGCCACAGUCGGUGGACUUUAGUGAUCCUUCAUUUUUGACCAAGGCAAACAGACGCAUCCUAAAGAUCACAAAGGGGUUAAUCCAGGAGCCACUUAAGAGUGUUGAUCCAAAUAUGGUCCUGAUGUUGCUAAACUACCUCUACUUCAAAGGCACAUGGGAACAGAAAUUUCCCAAAGAGAUGACCCAUUAUCGAAACUUCAGAGUGAAUGAAAAGACAAAUGUACGAGUGCCGAUGAUGACCAACAAGGGAAACUACUUGGCCGCUGCUGACCAUGAACUUGACUGUGACGUCCUACAGCUACCGUACUCAGGAGACAUCAGCAUGCUCAUCGCUUUGCCAAGGAAGAUAACCGGCAUGAGAACUUUGGAACAAGAGAUCUCGCCCACAGUGGUCAACAAGUGGCUCCAAAACAUGACCAACAGGACUCGUGAGGUGGUGAUACCUCGUUUCAAACUGGAGCAGAACUACGACUUGGUAGUCAAUUUGAAGGAGAUGGGGCUCACUGACUUGUUCCAGGACAGUGCAGACUUCUCUGGAAUGACCUCAGAUAAGGUUGCCAUGAACUGGCUGAAGCACCAGGGGACCAUCACAGUGAAUGAGGAAGGCACAGAGGCUGCUGCUCUGACCCAGGUGGGAUUCAUGCCUCUGUCCUCCCAGAUCCGCUUUGUUGUAGAUCAUCCCUUCCUCUUCCUCAUUUACGAGCGCCGCACGCAGUGCUUUGUGUUCAUGGGCCGGGUGGUCAAUCCGGCACAGAACUAAAAUUUGAAUAAUGCAUUUCAACUGUUCCCUACAAUUUCAAUGUCAUAGGAGCUUGAAUGUGUUUUAUUACACUUUAUUGGUGCAAAAUGAGAAAGCAAUGAGAAGCAAUAAUCCUUUAUGUCCGUGUGUUGUUUUACUAAACACUGAGCUUGUCCAAAUGAGUCAAUGGAUGUUAUCCUGUCUGUUAAUGUUUUAACUCUUUUUUUUUUUUUGCAAUGUUUUUUUGGCGAUAUGUACUUUGGUGACCUUCAAGGGCUUACCGCUGUACUGAUUGCAGAGGAACUAAUAAGAACUUAAUACAAAAAGAACUAAUAAAACAUUUUAAAUAACAA